UGCUCUCAUUGCUGAGACGUUAGCCCUCAUUUAGACAAAAGCAUAAUCGGUGUUAGGAUAUGUGAACUAUGAAGUUUAAACGUAAUCUUAACCUGUAACUAAUUUAUCACUGUUGACUGUUAUUUGUCAUUAAAUGCAAAUUUCUGUAAAUAAUUUAAUUCGUACAAUCGUUUCGUGUCGUCUCCAAAUAUUUUUUUGUUUCUAUUUGAUUCACUUUGUGUAAAUAACGUCCUGUAACCUGUGAAACAUGGCUACAUCAAAGGUAACUGAAGUUAUCAACUUAGAUUCUGACGACGAUAAUGCCGCAAAUGAAGAGAAAAAGACAAAUGCAAAAUGUAUCAACUUUGAAUGUAACUCUGGUAAUAAAUUAAAGCUCAAGUCUCCACCACCAUUUGCUUGUGCGUUUUAUGGCGUUAACAAUAAUGCAAAAAAGAAGCUUUAUAUUUGCCAAGAAUGUCUAAAUACUGCUUUAGAACAUCAAGAUAAACUUAUCCAAGCUUUAUUAAACUCAGAACCAGUCGUUAAGUAUGAACUUCCAGAUCAUACCAUGCAAGUGGAAAUUUCAGACAGUGAUGAUUCAGAUAACGAUACAAUUCAAAAGGACUGUCUAUCCAUUGUGGAAUUGUCUCAAUUCAAAGAAAAAUUGACUAAUACUUAUGAAGAAGUAUUUAAGACUUAUAACAUUGACUAUCAAAUAAGAGAAACUCAUUCUGAUUUAAAAUCAAAAUUAGAUGAAAUCAAUGCUUCUAAUAAAGAGAUGGAGGAACAAUUUUCAACAAUUAUGGGCAAUUUAGAUGAUUAUAGAAGACAACUUUACGAUGAGUUUAAGCCUGACAUAAAAAUGUUGGAAGAAUUGACCAUCAAUGACGAUAAUGCAACUACCAAUACUUCAUCAUCUGCACAAGUUGCUACUAAAAAAGUUACACGUGGUCAAUGUUCAAAUCUAUCAAAUUCUAAUGUGGAUAGUCAACCUGAAAUUCUUCAAGUAGCAGCACCAAGCAAUAAACUUCUGGGGACAAUGAAUUUACCCCCUACAGGCCAAUUAAUAAAACCUGUACCAGAAAUUGAUGAGUAUGUUUUCACAAUGAAGCAUCCUCUGUUUCCAUGGAUCAAAGGAAAGGUUCAACAGAUCUCAAAUAAGUCUCCAAUGCAGUACAAAGUAAAAUUGCUGCAAAAAAAAUAUGCUGGUCAAAUAAAAACUCUGAGUGGAAAACAUAUGGCAUAUAGUAAACCAAGUCCAGUUAUCAUACCUGUAGGUACUAGAGUUGUAGCUAUAUUUCAAGACACAUAUUCAAGUAAUUAUUACAGUGGAGUUAUUGCUGAACCACCCAAGUCUACAAAUUUAUUUAGAUACUUGGUAUUUUUUGACGAUGGCUAUGCUCAAUAUGUAUAUCACAGACAUAUAUUUUUAGUUUGUGAAAGUUCACGAAAUGUCUGGGAAGAUAUACCUCUUGAAUCUAGAGAUUUUGUUAAAAAGUACAUGGAAUCUUAUCCAGAGAGACCAAUGGUAAAACUCCAAAAGGGUCAAGUAGUUAAAACUGAAUGGAAUGGAAAAUGGUGGAUAGCUAGAGUACGGGAAGUGGAUGCUAGUUUAGUGCAAAUGCAUUUUGAUGCUGAUAAUAGAACAGAAUGGAUUUAUCGUGGGUCUGCAAGAUUGGGACCAUUAUAUGUGGAACUUAUGAAAGCAAAUCUUCGACAACAAGGUUGUCAUUCUUCUCUUAACACACCAAGACGCCAUAACACUAUUAUUAAUAAAAAUGGACCAUAUGUUGAAUAUACAUCUACAGCUACUGAUGAACGAGACGCUUUCAUAAAUGACACAAAAUCUAAACAUUCAGGGACCGUUAAUAACACUUUAGUUGAAUCUGUUGCACCCCAACAGGCUCGAGCAGUUGCUAAAAAAAGUACUGCCAAGCGUUCUAUUACACAAGAAACUACUUCUACUUCUAUUUCAACUACUUAUAGCACCAAUACAGAAACAAAGCCAUCUCACAGUAUUGUUUAUUAUCAAACACAAAAUAAAAUUCAGACGAAAAAAUAUAAAAUUCAUAACUGCAGUCCGGAGUGUGUUAAAGCAAUAUCGUUUACACCUGAUGAUUUACGUGGUUAUUCGCCAUUGUCCAUACCACUACUAUGUGGAUGGAAUAGACAACUUUGUAGAUUCCCCAAGGGAAAACAAGUUAUACUAUAUCAGGCCCCUUGUGGUGUUAGGCUGAGAAAUAUGGAAGAACUGCAUAAAUAUCUCAGAAUUACUGGCUGCCCAAUGUCUGUAGAUUUAUUUGAAUUUGAUUAUUGGGUUCAUUGCUUAGCUGAGUUUGUCUUGGAUAAAUGCUUCGUAAAUAUUAAGGAUCUUAGUUAUGGAGUUGAAAAUGUUCCCAUUCCUUGUGUCAAUGAAAUUGACCAUGCCUUUCCAGAUGCCAUUACGUACGCAACUCGGCGUCAACCUGAGGACGAUGUACACAUAAAUUUAGAUCCAGAGUUUUUAUGUAGUUGUGAUUGUGAAGAUGAUUGUGCUGACAAGACCAAAUGUCAGUGUUGGCAAUUGACCAUACAAGGCGCUACCCUUGGAGGACGUGUGCCAAAUGCUGCUGUUGGAUAUGUAUAUAAACGUUUACCUGAAGCUGUUACUACUGGCAUAUACGAGUGCAAUUCACGAUGCAAAUGUUCGGUUAAAACUUGUUUAAAUCGAGUAGUCCAACAUCCACUUAAUUUGAAACUUCAAGUCUUCAAAACAGCACCCCGUGGGUGGGGUAUUCGUUGUCUAAAUGAUAUUCCUUUAGGAUCAUUUAUAUGCAUUUAUGCUGGCCGUUUAUUGACCGAGCAAGGUGCUAAUGAAGGGGGUAAAAAUUAUGGAGAUGAAUAUCUUGCAGAAUUGGAUUAUGUUGAAGUUGUUGAGAGUAUUAAAGAAGGCUAUGAAAGUGAUGCUCUGGAACCUGAAAUGGAAGGUAAUGCUGGUAAUGAUGACAUAACUGAUACAGAUUUUAAUAUAUCUGCUCAUAAAAUGCAAGAAGAUAAUGUAGAUUCAGCUAAUGCAUCAGAAGAUGAGGAUUCCAGAUCAUCAAUGCGAAGACGAUUAAGAAAAAGAAAGAAGUAUGAUGAAGAUAAUGCCUCAAAGGAUAGUCAAGAAAAAGGAAGCGAUGAAGAAGAUCAAGAUGAGAUUCGUGAACCAAGUAAAUUAGAUUUAGCUGUAGAUACAACAAAGGUAGAGAAACCAAAAUUCAAAUCAGUUCGUGAUUUCUUUGGUGAAGAUGAAUCAGUAUACAUUAUGGAUGCUAAGACAACUGGCAAUAUCGGAAGAUAUUUAAACCACUCUUGUGAUCCAAACGUGUUUGUGCAAAAUGUAUUUGUUGAUACCCAUGAUGUAAGGUUUCCAUGGGUAGCUUUUUUUGCAUUGAACUAUAUUCGAGCUGGUCAAGAAUUGACAUGGAAUUACAGUUAUGAUGUAGGUAGCAUACCUGGAAAAGUAAUUAUUUGUAAAUGUGGAGCAAGUAACUGCAGAGGAAGACUUUUAUAAAUCUCAAUUUUAUUUUUAAUUGAAGACUGAGUGUAUGAUUGAGUAUUUUUAAAGUUAUUUCCAAAAAUCUCUUUGUAAAA